AUGAGCUUCCUCCAGCUGCUUGAUGCGGCGCUGAACAACGCUUCGAUCCCCCACCAGCCCUAUGUCCUCAUUUCGGAUGAACCGACUUUUGGCGGGCUGCCUAUCAUGCGGGAGAUAAUCAGGCGGAGUAUCGCCAGGAAUGCUUCAGUCCUCCUCAUCUGCGUACUGAGACCGCCAUCAACGUAUCUGCCCGGUGUCUCGGGUCAGUCGGGAUUCCUCGAGGUGGUGGACCUCUCGGACCGCGUGCCUGGCUAUGGCUCGUCAGAUUUGGAAGGAAUAAAGGCUGAGAUCCUGGAAGCUGCUCGACGCAUGGGACCCAAAGUCGAAAUCUACAUUGACGCCGUCGAUGUCCUCGCAGAAGACCAUACCUCUGCAGGGGCUCUGAGUCUGAUCAGAAGCCUCCUCAAACAAAUCAAAGCAAACAAGGCUCCCUCCCGCCUGACCCUCCUCCUCUCUCCCCACUCGGCUCUGUACCCCUCCCUCCUCCCACCCUCAUUCUGCGCCCCGCUCACGCAACUCCAACCACAUCCACUCUCACUCCUCAGCGCCCUAUCUACCGCCUACCUUGCGCCCAUCUCGCCCGAUCCGCGCUUUACCGAUCUGUUGACAAUGGCGUCAGAGCGGAGGAUAGGGGAACGGAUGGCCUGGCUAGGAGAGAGUAGUCUCGGGGACUGGUCCGCUGGGUCGGGGCAGGGUGCGGGCUCCGGUUCUGGAGGUGGAGGAGUAGGGAAGGGCAAAGGGAAGAGGAUGGACAGCGGGGAUGGGCAAGGCGUGGCAGUAGCGGCUGUUCAGGUCGUAGUGCGUAAAGCUACCGGCGGCGCGAAGGGGAUGAGCCGGAGCUUGGAGGGUCUGGCCAGUACCUCCGGUGUCUCUGUUUCCGGAUCAUCUCUGACGUCGGAAUCGUGCUCGACCUCGACCUCGACCUUAUCCGGGACAUGUCGGCUCGCCGUCAGACCGCUCGAAUCCCUCAUCGACCUCCAGCCCUUCUCGCAUCCCGCCGCCACGCAGGCUCAACAGCCAACGGCGGACACGCGGGCCAGCCAGGAUAAGCCCGCCCCGGCGCCACAGGCCGCUGCGACUCAUACGGCCCUCAACCUCCCUUUCAACCUGAGUCUGACGGAUGAGCAGCGGAGGAGGAGAGAUAGGGUGCCUAUACCGUAUGUGCAUGAAGGGGAGGGUGUGGAGGUAGGGUGGGAGGAAGAGGAGGAGGAUGACGACGAUGAGGAGAUAUGA